AUGCCUGUGCCUGCAUCCGCGUCCAACACAACCACACUCGCGCCCUUAGUGGCCCGUCCUGGCGCGCCUGUUCUGGCACCAGCUGCGCUUCCACACAUCAACGCCACAAGCACAGCACUGCCCUCGUCUCGAAACCAGACCUUGCCGGCCCCACUACCAGCGCCGCCCGUGCCGGCCAAGGCAGCCGCACACAGCGUCACCAAGGCCAAGCCGGCACAGCUCGUGCCUGCCAACCGAUAUCAGGCUGCACCUUCCAAGACGCCGCCGCCGCCUCCAAAGCAUGCGGCCGCGGCAUUGAAGGUCGGCAGCCGCGCGCCCUCUGCUGCCGUACCUGUGGGGAUCCAGCGAGCGCCAGUGCCUGGUCCACAGAUUGAGCGGCCAGCCAUGGGGAAUUUGACGCCAGUAUCUGCUCCUCUGGAAGCAGUGCCAGCACCUGCGCCGAGCACCAGCACUGCUUCAGGUUCACAGACAGUGGGAAGUGAAGCCUCUGGGCCGGCAGUGACGGGUGUUGCGAUUGCAGCCACCACGUCAGUGAUGGCGGCACCACAGCUGCAGCCGGCCGCCAGCCCCACACACGAGGUGCCGGCGCCAGAACAGGCUCCGGCGCUGAUCAGCAGCUUCCUGCAGGCUGCCGCGCCGGUGCCCAUAGAAGCGUCUGCACCAGCAUCAGCCGCCUCGCAAGCACCAGUUCCGCUUGCAAGCAUGUCGCAGCUGGAGGCACCUGCUCCUAGCCCCCUCCAGGGUGCGGAUGCGGCGCCUGGGGAAGCGCCUGCGACAGCCUUCGCAGCAGCACCGGCGCCAGGGCCGCAUGGGAGUGCUCCAGAGCUGGAGGCAGCUGCUUCAAGCCCCUUCCAGGGUGCAGCCACGGCGCCUGAGGAGGCGCGUGCACCAGCCUUUGCAGCCGCACAAGCGCCGGGACCGCUUGUAAGCACUUCGGAGCUGGAGAUACCUGCUCAAAGCCCUUUCCAGGGUGCUGCGGAAGCGCCUGCGACAGCCUUUGCAGCAGCACUCGCGCCUGGGCCGCUUGGGAGUGUUCCAAAACUUGAUACAGCUGCUCCAAGCCCCUUCCAAGGCGCUGCAUUGGUGCCAGCACCAGCCCCACAGGCAGCGCCUACAACAGCCUUCACAGCGGCACAGGCACCGAUUGUUUUAGAAAUGGACGCAGGCGUUCCAAGCUCCUAUGAGCUGGCGCCUGUACCAGCCGCACAGGCUGCGCUGGCGGCGGCGGCGGCUCCUGCAGAGGCGUCUGCAGGUGCCGCGUUCCCUCCAUCAGAGAAUUACACAGUCAGCAAGCCGCGCCAAGACUUUCUUCAGGUCGCUGUAGCGCAGCCGGCUGAGACUCCACCAACCCCUCCUGCAUCCGCGCCUGCGCCUGCGGAUGGUCAGACUGCCGCCACGGAUGACAGCCCAGUUGCAGCGCCGCGGCAGGCCAUCGGAGUCAUCCAAGCUUCUCUGGUGCCGAACACGGCGCUGUCAGCUCAGCCGACCGGGCAGGCAAAACCGAGCGUGCAGGAUCCCGUGCCGAGUAGCUCGUCUGGGAUUCCACCGGCGGCUGAGCGCGCCGAGGCACCCGCCGUUGCUGCGACCGGGGCGCCGACCGCGCUGCAGGGACCAGAAGAAGCAAACGCUGCUGGGGCAGGAGAGGAGGAGCCUGCCAGGUCAGCCACAGCCACGCUGGCAGACAGCGGGGAAUUGGUGAGCAGUGCAGAGGCGCCCCUGACAGCCUGGGCGCUGCCUGCUUUCUUAGCACCUUUGCCAGAGCCAGAGGAAGGGAGUCUGGUGGGGAGCUCCCCCGUGCAGGUGCCCAAUGCCGCUCUGCGCUUGCCUGGCAGCGCUCCAACCGCGCAGCCUCCGUCGCCGGAACAGUUACCUGCCGGAAAUGUGGCAUUCUUGGACACUGGGGUCCUGCAGCCGGAGGCCAGCUCGCCAGACAGCGUCAGCCUCGUCAAUGUCAGCCUCAAGUCCGCCGCCCUCACCUCCCAGCUGUACAGAGCAGCGCCAGUCAGCGCAGCUGAGGUAGCCCCAGUAGCUGCACCAGCCGAGACACUCACACCACCCCAAGCUCCGGCUGCCAGCACAGCAAUUCUAGCUGGUGCAGGGUUUGAGGAGCUUCCUGCAGCCGCACCUCUGGCAUAUUCCCCGCUGGCAGCCAGCCAGCCUGUUGUGUAUGCGCCGGCAGUCAACAGCAUGCGACCGUCGGCGUAUGGCGGCUACUCGGUCCUGGUCAACAUCAAUGCAGGACAGCCUGCAGCCUUCCCAACCCAGCCCACAGCGCAACCUGGAGCCUCUGCAACUCCAAACACUGAGGCGCCGCGCGCAGAUGUUGACUCCAGUCUGGCCGCUGCUGCACCGAGCAGUUCCCAGGCACUCAGCCCGGGGCAGAAGGCUCUUGCACAGCUGUUGAGCGCUGCAUCGCCUCAGGCGCAUCCGGCUUAUGAGCAUUCCUUCACCAGCGGAUACUUUGAUGUCUGGGCUGCGCCUGCGCCGUGCGAUGGUUUCUUCUCUGUUAGGGCAAGGGCCGCUCCCAUAGCGGCUGAGGCCCCACGGCAUUACUACCCGCAGGGAGCAAUGCCUGCUUCAAGGUACGGCGGUGGUAACACUCAAGAGGCGCCAUCUCAAACCAUCAAGGCUCCUAUUGCCUCAGCCAUGCCAUCCGCAUCACCUGCUCCGGCGCCUGCCCCGGGGCGCUCCAUUUCUCUGCAGCCGCUCGGGGCAGAAACGACCCUAGUCCCAGGACCCCUGCCAGCUGUUGCGCCCCCAGCAGCCGAGCCAAAUCAGACACCCCUCGCUUACGCACCCUCGGCCGCUGCUUAUGCACCCUCCCCCGCAGCCGCGUACCAUGCCGGCUACUAUGCCGGGAUUCAAGCCGCGCAGGCCGCUCUCGCCGCAGCAACUUCUCCGGCACCUUCGCCGGCUCAGGAGGCUGAAAUUCCUGCACCUGAAAUUGCGCAUACGGUUGAGAGCCCGUCCACGCCGCAGCCUGCGGAGGGUGCUCAGCCGCCGCGGGGUUUUGCGCAGGCGCCUCAGAGGGGUGUGUACGGGGUGUACGGGGGCUAUGGAGCGUACACGACAAGGGGCAUCGAGACGCGCGGCAGCUCGUUCGCGCUCGCCCCUGUUGUGAGAGAGUAUCCAGCGGAGGGUGUGCCUGCACCAGUCGCCUCUCCAGGCCCUGCAGAAGGAGAGCUGGUGCCUGCAGCCUCGCCUUCGGGCAGCUACGGUGCCUAUGGGGUUGGAAAGUAUGGCUAUGGAGCAGAGCAGGGUGCAAGCUAUGCCAGGGGUCCACCACAUUCUGUAGGCCUGGCGUUUGCACCCGCCACGGAGCACACAUCUCCUGUCCCCUAUGUCGGCUACGGUGUUGGAGCCUCUCCAGGCGUCUACAGUGCUUUUGCUGUGCGGCCACAAGCUUACUACAUGCCUGUUCGACCGCAGAGCUAUGCUCCCUUGACGCCGGCACCUGCCCCUUCAACCUUCGCAGGACUACAAUCUACUCCAACGCCAAGGACAGCGCCAGCUCCUGCAGCCAAGGCGACUCCGGCGACUUCUCCAGUGUCAGCGUCACCAUUUGCCCCUGCACUCUCCCCGGCAGCAGCCACCUCUGCGCCCGCUGCGCAGCCCGUGCUGGGCCCUUCAGCUUCCCCGCUGUCCCUCAUCACCCAUUUGGGCAUCAGCUCUGCCCUAGCCCCAGUGGCCGCUGCCUCUGCACCUGCAACACCACCGCAGCCCACACCUUCUGCUGCGCCGCCAUCUCUUGCUGCAGCAAUUGCACCAGAGGCCGUAAGUCCCGCUGAAGGCCCGGCGAGCGCAGUCCCAGCACAUGCACCAGUCUUGCUGACAUCAGCAGCUGUGCCCAGCCCUAGCGCAGCCCUGGCGCCCAGACCCCUUGCGCAGGCCCCCCGGCAGCCAGCGAAUUUGAAUUCGAGUGUGCAGUCGUCCUGCGACGCGUGCGCGGGCUUCGGCGUCGACCGGCCGCUGAGCAUGGCGAUGAGCGUGUCGGACGGGCGCGAGCUGGCGCAGUUCAGCACGUUCGAGGGCGUUCCCUCCAACGUGGUCUACUUUGUCGCUGAUGUGGCGUUCUCGCGCGCGCCGCUCGGCUUUGGCGCUCAACAGAUCUCAGCUGCUAACGGCACUAUAAUAGAAGUGUACCCUCAGGAGGGGUGCGGCCACUAUGUGGCAAAGGGCUAUGUCCAGCAGCCAGAGUCAGGGGACCCUGCACGGACAGACAUCAACUUGAGUAUCACUGAUGGCGCUGUGUUUGACUGCGCCGGUGACGCCUUUCCUGGCAGCUCCCUCACAUCCAGCAUCCUCAACAGGCCAACAGGCGCCCUCCACACACCAACACUGAAGCAGUCGGCGUCCGGGGCAGUGUCAAACCAGUCGCAAGUCUUCCUCACGCUGACCUUCUCACAGCCGGUGUCGUCUGUGUCGCCUGCCGACAUCUCUGUGCAGCUGACGCAGACUCAGAUGCCAGGAGCUGCGGCCGUUGCUGGAUUGCCCGGCCCUACUGACGGCAGCCCUCAAGCUGUCUUCGAGUUCCUCCUGGAAAUCUCAGAGUGCUUCCUGGGCCUGGUGGGUGUGGACUUUGUGGGCACAGUGCACAAUUCAGAUGGCGCUGAGAAUCUGCCAGUGAGCACGCUACAGUUCUGGCAGAUGACCGCAGAUCAAUGGGCAGCCCUCUCCACUGCUGACUCACCAAUGCCCCAGUAG